GUAAAUUGAUAAUAGUGUACCUUGUCGUUUCGUAAUAUUGUAGAAGUCAGAACACGACAUACACUGCAGUUGAGUGGAGGCCACAAUGUUGUGUACUAUCCAGAAACGGUUUGUGAGUAUAUCUACGCGUAUCGCUUCUUUGAGUCUUGUGCAAAACCUACGUUCAGGAGGAAUUCCUGCCCGCCUCGCUGGGCGUCGCUCAUUGCCGGGUGCAAACGAAAUCGACAAUGCGUAUCCAGCGUUCCUUGCCCAACCCCGGGUUAACUUUCCAGUCAUUUAUACACCGAGCCGCAAAGAAGAUUUGGGUGCCGGUGACCCAGUUCUGAAUUGGGUCUCUGUUGCAAGAGACCUCCUUGACACAAAUUUGCCGCGAUAUGGUGCGAUCAUACUUCGAGGUUUACCAAUUGAUAGUCCUCACGCCUUUUCAAAAUUUAUGUGCGAACUUGGCUAUCAAUUUAUGACAUACGAAGGCGGUACAGCAGUUAGGCAGUCUGUAGAAAAAAACGUAUUCACUGCAAGUGGGCACCCGCCAUCGGUCUGUAUCGAACCUCACAAUGAAAUGGCAUACUCGCACAGGUUUCCGAGCAAGAUAUUUCUUUUCUGUGAAAUUCCACCAUUGCCUGGAUGCGGUGGCGAAUCAGUCGUAGUCGACAUACGGGACAUCAAAUCAAAACUGUCACAUGAUCUACUGGACAAAUUCAGAAGGUUGAAAGUACGCUAUUACCACCAUUUCCCGUCUGGUGAUCCUGGAGCACACUCUAGUUGGCAACAGGUGUUUUCAACCGGAAAUAAGCACGACGUUGAAUCCUUUUUGACGAAACACAAUUACGACUUUGAAUGGACGCAAAAUGAUUCACUGCUAUAUUCACACGUGAUUCCUGCUUUCAUAUGCCAUCCGACUACAGGCGAAGAGCUGUGGUUUAACCAAAUUCAUCUACAUCAUGCAACGUUUUUUAAAUGUCACCCAAAGUGGAUAGAUGCGCAAUUGACUAACCUGGAGUAUCCUCUACAUAGUUGUUAUGGAAACGGCGAAGAAUUUGAGCCCGACACUCUCCAGAAAGUACGUAACGCCAUCUGGCAAGUUGCUGUAGGAUUGCAAUUGAAAAGAGGGGACAUACUUGUGACAGACAAUGUAACGGUCCAACACGGUCGCUUGGGUUUCACCGGACAACGAAGACUUCUCGUUAGCAUUACCAAAGAUUGAAUUUUGCGCGUAUAAUAAUUCUGUUUAAUUGGCAAUUUUAGAUUAUUUUAAAACAAUCAUUUAUAAUUAUUAUAAAAAUGUACACCGAUGUUUAAUUAAUUAUAUGAUAAAUAAAUUGGAACAUAGUGUCAUGGGUACUUAACCAU